AUGCGCACAAGCCUCCUGCGGUUAUGAUACGCCCAUGACUGCGCGUUCAUGAUUAUGAAGUCGACGUGCACAGCUUGUAACCUGCACUCUAAAGCGAGCUAAGCUGCCUCCAAUAAGAUGUUUACGGGUUAUCCACGGCGGAGCACCCGAACAAUCAGACGAAGCACGGCAGAAUGGUGUAGCUCUUAACUGAUAUGGGUGAAGACACCUGUGUGUUUCCCGGCAACGCUCAUAGCUAAAGCAGAGGUUGGCAGGAUGGGCGAGCGAGGCGUCAGUGGCCCCGUGGCUGCGAUCUCUCCAGUGCAGCAGAUGCUGGCCUCUGGCACUGGAGCCCUCAUCACAUCUCUGUUUGUCACGCCACUAGACGUUGUGAAGAUCAGGCUGCAGGCUCAGCAGACACCGUUCCACCAAGCUUCAGCGUCUUUUUCUGCUCCGUGGGACGGUGUCUCACGUCAUUCCAAGUGGAAGUGUUUCCUGUAUUGUAAUGGGCUGAUGGAUCACAUCUAUGUCUGUCAGAAUAGAACCAGUUGCACCAGCUGGUACAAAAAGCCGACUCAGUUCAGCGGGACUCUUGAUGCAUUUGUGAAAAUCACUCGCCAUGAAGGUCUUCGCUCUCUGUGGAGCGGGCUACCACCAACUUUGGUGAUGGCAGUACCUGCCACUGUCAUUUACUUCACCUGCUACGACCAGUUGCGGGACUUCCUGAGAUUCGGUGUGGGUCUUCAGGGCAGUCAUGUCCCUCUUGUUGCUGGGGGUCUUGCCAGAUUGGGAGCCGUGACAGUGAUUUGCCCACUGGAACUGGUCAGGACCAAGAUGCAGUCCCGUCAGCUGUCCUACAGCGAGCUGCGGACAUGUAUCCGCUCUGCUGUGGCCCAGAAUGGACUUCUGUCCCUGUGGAGGGGCUGGGGACCCACUGUUCUCAGAGAUGUACCCUUUUCAGCUUUGUACUGGUUUAACUAUGAAAUGGUGAAGGCCCGGCUUUGUGAACAGUCUGAAGUUCCUCAGGCCAACUUCUCUAUCAGCUUUACUGCAGGAGCUGUUUCUGGAGCAAUCGCUGCAAUCCUGACGCUGCCCUUCGAUGUUGUGAAGACUCGCAGACAGAUCCAGUUGGGAGAGAUGGACACUUUGGGAGUUUCUGUGAAGAGAACGUCAUCCACCUGGCACAUCAUGAAGGAAAUACGGGCCAAGUUGGGCUACAGGGGCCUUUUUGCAGGUUUCAUGCCCAGGGUGAUCAAAGUGGCCCCAGCCUGCGCUAUUAUGAUAAGCAGCUAUGAGUUUGGAAAGGCCUUCUUCCAAAAGAUGAACCUUGAUCGAGAGCAGCUGGCAUUGUGAAGGCUGUCACUGUGCCGCUGGUUGUUUGUCACAGCAAAACAUGCAGAGAAUAAUCCAGGACAGGUUUGAAGAGUCAGCCCAUUUGUGGAGAUUUCUUUUUUCGCAGAUCCACCCACCUCACCACCUACCCCGCAUCCCUGGACACAAUAAGGAGCCUGAAUCCCAGGCAGAGAUUUUCUGGGACCACAAACUUUGUGUGAUUAAUGGAGUAAAGUUUAAAGAUAGAAACGUUGUUUAGUGGUUAUGUAAAGGAACAUGCACCAAAUCAUUGUAGUUUUAUUGUGCUCUCAUUUUUCCAAUGAAACGGAGGAAAUGGGGAGUAAAUCUCAGUGAAGACCCUGAACCUGCUCACCUGCUAUCCAGGACAGUGGGGGAGGGAAACCUUAAUGACUGCAUCAUUAUCGGGUGAAAGAAAAAUAUUCCUUUUCCUGCACUUUGGAUUGUGUGACAGACUGCAUGGUGUCUCCAGGCCUGAAGACUUCCUGUCAAUGUAAAGCAUGACAAUUUUGACAUUUAUCUGCUGUGUAGAUGAGUAAAUGAUAUGGUUCGUAUGCUGGAUAGAUUCGGAGCACUCUUACGUUUGCAAAACAAGUGCUGUGAAAUGAAAUCAUAAAAAAAGCAACUUAAGCUUUUUAAAAAAAAAUGUUUGUAAAUGAGGAAAGCCAUACUUUGAGUUCUCAAGGAUAACCUUACAUUAGUUUGGCUAGAUUGAAGCAAGCCUUAUUGGAAUAAAUAAUACAAUUAUUCCAAUUACGUGACACAAUCUUCUGUGAAAACCACUGCAGCAAACUUUUCAAAAGUCACAGAUGUCUCCAAGAAAUGUUGGGAGACUUGUUACAAAAAGCAAUAACAAAAAGGAGAAAAUCUCUUCUGGUCAUAAAAGUUUUGGACUUCUUAUCUGCAACGAGCAAAAACACUGGGUCAUGAAACAAAAUAUUUCUGCCUUAAAUUGCAAGCUAAAUGUGAUUGUGUGUCCUUUGUGCGUUUUCUUUUUUGUAUGUGCGAAAUCUGAAGGUGGCUUCAUCUUUAUGCAAUGAGUGACUUAUUUCCUAUGACUAGUGGUAAAUGACCACUAUUUAAUAAAAUUUCACUUAUGCGUUAAGUUA